UCUCCUUGGGGCUGCGGGAGGGCGAGCGCCAGGCCUCAAGGAGAGGGGUCGGGACAAGGAGAGGGAUCGGGACAAGGAGAGGGAUCGGGACAAGGAGAAGGAGCGGGGAUCGCCGCCGCCGCCGCCGCCAUGUUCCUGUGCGCUCCCCUGCGCGCCGCGGCCGCACGCUCGGUAAGACAGGUCCGAUACCUGCACAGAACAGCAGCACGAAAUGCCACUGGAGCCUUGUUUGUGCACAGAGAUAGUCCUGAAAAUAAUCCAGAUACUCCAUUUGAGUUCACACCUGAAAACAAAAAGCGAAUAGAAGCGAUAAUAAACAACUACCCAGAGGGACACAAGUCUGCAGCUGUCAUGGCAGUCCUGGAUUUGGCCCAAAGACAGCAUGGAUGGUUGCCCAUAUCAGCUAUGAACAAGGUUGCUGAAGUUUUGGAAAUGCCUCCCAUGAGAGUGUAUGAAGUAGCAACCUUCUAUACCAUGUAUAACCGCAAACCUGUUGGGAAAUACCAUAUUCAGGUCUGCACUACCACGCCUUGCAUGUUGCGGGACUCUGACAGUAUUUUAGAAGCCAUUAAGAAGAAACUUGGUAUAAAAGUUGGGGAAACAACACCUGAUAAACUCUUCACGCUGAUAGAAGUGGAAUGUUUAGGUGCUUGUGUAAAUGCACCAAUGGUACAAAUAAAUGACAAUUACUAUGAAGAUUUGACACCCAAAGAUAUUGAAGACAUAAUUGAUGAGCUAAAGGCUGGCAAAGUUCCCAAGCCAGGCCCAAGGAGCGGACGUUUUUCUUGUGAGCCAGCUGGUGGCCUUACUUCUUUGACUGAACCACCCAAAGGACCAGGCUUUGGAGUUCGAGCUGACCUCUGAAGAUUUUUGUAAUAUAAGAUGAAUUGUCUGAAAAUAAUAAAGUAUCUGUAAUCUAAGUAAA